AUGGGAGACAAUGCAAGUGAAGAACAUCAAACAUCAUUCGCAGCUCCUCUCAUAUUUUUCAUCGUUCUCGCAUUUCAAUUUGCAUCCUAUUGGAUCGAUCACUUCAAGAAGAUUGGAUCUGAGAAGGAAAAAGAAGUUCAGUUGCGUGCGGAAAUAAAACAACUUUCGAAGGAGGCGAACUCCAUGUCGCAGCCAUCCACCUUUGCACAAGCAGCAAAACUCAAAAGACAGGCAGCUGCAAAGGAGAAGGAACUUGCAAAGUGUCAAGAUUUACAUACCAGUGACACAACUCUGUAUUCAAAAGCUCUGCUCAUCUCAAAGGUUUUAACAUAUUUAAUUUUGCUUAUCUGGUUUUGGAGGUCUCCUGUGGCUAGCAUAUCUCAACAACUCGUGCAACCAUUUGGGAGAUUAUUAUCUUGGAGGACUGGAGGAGUUCAUAAUAACAAUAUUAUGGUUGGCAUAAUACCUUGGCUAGCAGUAACUUCCAGGGUUAGCAAACUUAUUUGUAAACUCACUUAUAGCAAAUAG